UUUGUUUUGGUAUUUUGUUUUUUACCCCAUCGCACCACCACAUCCUGAGCUCAUCUCAUCGCCUGCCUCCCCUCCCAAUUCUUCUUCUUCUAGCAAACCCUCCCUCCUUCCUCCCCCAUCUCAGAUCCCCCUCCCCUCCCCUCCCCUCCCCAGCUCAACCCUCGCCGAUGGCCCGCCGCUGAGCGACCACCACCACGACCUCCGACCGCCCGACCACCGACCAGGCGCCCGCGAUGGUCGCGGAGGCGCCGCCGUCCUCGGCGAUCUGGUCGCGCCGCCGCGACGACAUCACCUUCGACCGCCUCCACAAGUUUUGGAGUGCCCUGUCGCCUCACGCACGGAAUGCGCUGCUCAGACUUGAUAAACAGACGCUCAUCGAACAUGCUCGGAAGAACCUAUACUGUUCAAGGUGCAAUGGGCUGCUCUUAGAAAGUUUCACACAAAUAGUCAUGUAUGGGAAGUCACUGCAUCAAGAAGGUUCAGGUGAACCAAGGAUUCAGGAAGUUGAAGCAGAUGAAAUUCAGGACCCAUCAGUUCAUCCUUGGGGAGGCCUUUCAACUACAAAGGAUGGCAUCCUAACUCUUCUUGACUGCUUCAUCAAUGCAAAGUCUAUUCAUGUAAUCCAGAAUGUCUUUGACAAUGCACGAGCGAGGGAACGUGAACGUGAAAUGCUUUACCCUGAUGCAUGUGGUGGGGGUGGCAGAGGAUGGAUUAGCCCAGUGAUACCUAACUAUGGCAGGGGGCAUGGAACGCGAGACACAUGUGCUUUGCACACUGCACGCCUUUCUUGUGAUACUCUUGUAGAUUUCUGGUCGGCACUGAGUGAAGAAACUAGAUCAUCUCUCUUAAGGAUGAAGGAAGAGGACUUCAUUGAAAGGCUCAUGCAUAGGUUCGAUAGCAAGAGGUUUUGCAGAGACUGCAGAAGGAAUGUUAUUCGUGAAUUCAAGGAGCUGAAGGAACUAAAGCGCAUGCGAAAGGAACCUCGCUGCACUAGUUGGUUCUGUGUUGCAGAUACAGCUUUCAAGUGUGAGGUGUUCGAGGAUGCUGUUGUUGUUGAUUGGCAGCAAUCUUUAUUGGAGCAAGAUGGAUCUUACCAUCAUUUUGAGUGGGCUGUUGGAACAGAUGAAGGAAAAUCUGAUAUUCUAGACUUCGAAGAUGUGGGAAUGAAUGGGCAAGUCCACAGGAAUGGCAUCGAUCUUGAUCAGUUUGAAGACUAUUUUGUGACACUGAGAGCAUGGAGGCUGGAUGGCCGCUGCACAGAGUUCUGUGUGAAGGCCCAUGCCUUGAAGGGCCAAUCAUGUGUUCACCGCAGGCUGAUUGUGGGGGACGGGUUUGUGACAAUUACCAAAGGUGAAAGUAUUAGAAGUUUCUUUGAGCAUGCUGAAGAAGCCGAGGAAGAGGAUGAGGAGGAUGCAAUGGACAGAGACGGGAAUGACCCUGAUGGUGAUGCUGCUCAUCCACAGAAGCAUGCAAAGAGCCCUGAACUUGCAAGAGAAUUUCUCCUGGAUGCUGCUGCAGUGAUCUUCAAAGAACAGGUUGAGAAGGCUUUCAGAGAAGGCACAGCCCGGCAAAAUGCGCAUAGUGUUUUCGUGUCCCUUGCACUAAAACUGUUGGAAGAACGAGUUCAUGUUGCCUGCAAGGAAAUAAUUACAUUGGAAAAGCAGACAAAGCUUCUUGAGGAAGAAGAGAGAGAAAAGCGCGAAGAAGAAGAGCGCAGGGAGAGGAGAAGAGCAAAAGAGAGAGAAAAGAAGCAUAGAAGAAAAGAGAGGCUGAAGGGAAAGGACAGAGAUAAGGAAAAAACACUAGUUCAAUCAAAAGUUUCAGACGAUAUUUCACUAUCGUCUCUGAGCAACUCAACAGUAGAAACUAAUAAUCAGUCACAAGAUGUUCUAGACUCUAGCGAAGAGGAAUAUAAUGCUGUGGUCAGGGAACAUUACUCUCCUGAUACCUCUGUGGAUCAAUCAUCAAGCAAGGAAACUGAUGAACAGAGCAAUGAGCAUGAAUGCAAUGCAACAUCAGAAUUUGUUCCCACAGAUUGCAAUGGCUCACUCUUAUGUGAGGAGUCCAAAUCAUCAAGAUUUAGAAGAGAUUUCCCUCAAGAACAAGACCCCAGUUGUUGGAAUGAAGAUUGCCGGUAUGACACUGGGGACACAGGAGAUAUUCAGCGGCAGUCAAGGGAAAGGACAAUGAAUCCCGCUAGAGGCUACAACACCGUAUUCAGUGCAAAUAACCGGGCAAGGGAUCGGUACAACCCCUGCAGUUGUGGCAAUCAGGAAGACUACAGAUAUUUUUCCACAACAGCUAGGCCAAGUAGGGAGAUGAAGAUGGCCAGGAAAACCGUGGUUGAGAAGCCCAGGUUGCAGUACCGCAGGUGCUAUCCAUUGGAUAGCUUCAUAGUGUCAAAAGGAGGCCGUGUUGGUGGUAACAAGAAUGCAGGUCCAAAGAAAGUAUGGGAGCCAAUGGAUUCUAGAAAGAAAGCGAGCUUAGGGAAUGCAAAUAAUGCUGCUGUGUCAGCUGAUGAUGCUGAUCGGUCCAGUGAAGUGGAAUGCUCAAAGGAUGUCAAUGAAUGUCAAAAUCUUGAGACGGGGUGUGAACCACUUGCUGAGGUUUGUUCUAAGGGAUCUGAGGAAGCUUGUAAGUCAGACACAGAUCAGCCAUGCAAAGAAAGUGAGAAGAAUCAAGCUGCUUGCAAUAGUGGACCUCAUGUAGUGGACAACCCAGACUGCUGCUUGACUAAGGAUGCUGGUCGGACGGCAAACUUAACCAGUUCGGGCAGCUCUUCAUGCCUAAGUGAGGGAGACAGAGACAGCAGCAUGAGCAGCAUGACCUCACUGAGUGCUCAGAACGCUGAAUCUUCAUCGACAUCUGAUUCAGAAGAAUCUUCUGAAAGGAACAAUAGCAGCCCAGGUGAUCCAGCAACAAAGAGUGCUUCCCGUUCAUUACUUGAGAUGUGUGCAGGAAAUGGUUUCAGAGAAUACCAACCGAAAAGCAUUCACCCUCCUGAUGGCAAUCAGUUUGGGUUCAGUGUGGCCCCUUUCCAGGAUCAGCUGUUGCAUCACCAAAAGGUGCAUGCACCACCGUAUUCGCCAACAUUCAUGGGGUUCCACAAUCAUCCCUUGCCAGUUCCAACAAAUGGAUACAUACCAUAUCCUCAGCCUGGCCACUUCUACCCUAGCCCUGUGGCCCCUGUUGGAUAUGGAGUAGCUGGGAACCAGUGUGUCGACUUCCCAAUGCAUUACAGCAAUAAUAUCCAUCCUUACUCAGGUCCUGAAUUUGGUUUUAUGCCUUCGCAGCCAAUCCACAAGGCUCAGGUGAACUUUCAUGCCGUACCACCAGCCCCGCUGUGUAGAAAUGGGGCACCGGUGGUCAUAACGCCAGACAUGCAGCAGAGCCAUGCCCUACCUCCUAAACUAAAUCAGGCAGUGCCACAGAAUGGCUGUGCAGAAGACAGCACCAAACAGAAAGAUGAUGACUGCACACCAUUCUCCCUGUUCCAAUUCAACCUACCAAUAGCCCCUCCUGCCCUGGCAACAUCCAAAGAAGAGCAGAGCGGCGGAGCAUUGGCAUCAAGGCCACCGCCGGUUGCACCAGCCCAGUCCUGCUCAAGGGAGGAGACAAACAUCAAGGAGUAUAACCUGUUCUCCGGGUGUAACGGAGUCGUAUUUCCGUUCGAGUAGACAAGAAAGUCAGCAGCUAUUCAAUACAGCAAUACUUGGCGAGUGAUUUGUAUUCCCCGAAAAACAGAAUAAGUUAGGUCGAGGUUUUUACUGUGUUCCCCUCGAAUAUUUAUUUCCCUUCUUUUGAUUUGCUUUGCUUCCCCUGUGUGUAUGGAAACCGGAAAGAUAGUGAGUGGUAUAGAGUCUGCAGUUUUGACA